AUGGGCGUUUAUUUAUCUGCGCCGGUAACAGAGAAAAGGAGUUCAAGCGGUGAAAAUGAACAUUGGUCUUAUGGCGCGACGUCAAUGCAGGGAUGGCGCAUUCAUCAAGAGGAUGCUCACAACUGUAUAUUAAACUUCGACAACAACUGCGCUUUCUUUGCGGUGUAUGACGGUCAUGGAGGAUCAGAGGUGGCUGAAUAUUCGUGUGAAAAUUUUCCUGAGUUUCUUAAAUCCCUAGACAUCUGGAAAGGUGGAAAGUUAGGACAAGCGUUAGAAGAUGCAUUUUUGAAAUUUGAUCAAAGUCUGAUGAAACCAGAGGUGCUGAAAGAGCUGAAGUUGCGAGCGGAUGCAAAUAGCGCUGCGAAGAAAACGGACGAAAGCUUAGAAAUCGAUGAUGCAGAAAAACACAUGCUUUUGGAAGAGUGUCAUUUGCCUCUUGACCAACUGUUACAGAAAUAUUUAAAUGCCGGUAUUGACAAGAACGUACUGCAGCGACGAGAGGAUGCGUUUGAGGGCGUGGUCAAUGAACGGAUUUCUUCGUUUCCCCCGUGCGAGAAAGUGGAGGAAACAGAAACAGUUUUAAAGACUUCUAAUGCUGCCACCAAGCGGUCGAGAGAUUCUGCGACUGAAUGCUUAAAGAACCAUUCGAAUAAAAACUCGGACAGUCCACGUACGGUGGAGAACGGCCCAGUUUUAAAUAAACGAGUUAAGAUUGAAGGCGAACAGAGCGAUAAGAGUAACUCUGAACUUCAGUCUGUAGGUAAUGAGAAAUUGCCUUCUAAUGUCCCUGGCGAUGGCGAUGCGGACUGUCUAUUCGGCGGUGAUAAGACGGACAGGAUAUCAAAGGACAAUGAAGCCUCUGUCAUUUCCCCAGAAAUAGAUGAGCACUUAGGAUUUAGUAAGUUUCAUUCCUUGCAGCCUGGCAUUGACAGCGGCACGACUGCAUGCGUGCUUGUACUGAAAGAUAACAUAGCGUACUGUGCAAAUGCCGGGGACAGCAGAUGUGUCCUUUGUCGCGACGGAGUAGCCAUUCAAAUGUCUGUUGAUCACAAACCCGAAGAUGAAACUGAACGGCAGCGGAUAGUAAACGCGGGAGGAAAAGUAACUAUGGAUGGCCGAGUGAAUGGCGGACUGAAUCUUUCCAGAGCUCUGGGAGAUCAUUUUUAUAAACGUAAUUCCAGCGUGCCGCUGAAAGAUCAGAUGAUAUCUCCCUUACCAGAUGUAUUUGUACAGACAGUGAAAGAGAACAAAGAACAGUUCUUUGUUUUGGCUUGCGACGGAAUAUGGAACGCAAUGGAGAACCAAGAAGUGAUUGAUUUUAUCAGGUUGCGAAUGAAUAAGGGCGCCUCUCUGAAAGAAAUAUGUGAACAGCUGUGCGAUGCAUGUCUCUCUCAAAAUACCGAAGGAGAUGGAACAGGUUGCGACAAUAUGACGGUUGUGAUAGUGAUGGCCAAGAAUCAUUCAAACGCUGCUUAG